GUGUGGGGAGAAGUUUGCUUCGAGGUUACGGAGAGCAGCUCGGUCGCUUUUGGCAGUCUCCGGCCCUGACUGUCGAACAUGAACCUGUUCUGCUUCAUGCUGGAUGGCUCCACUGAGAGCAUCUAUGAGCCAGCGAACAGCCAGACAAACAAGGACGUCUCGCCCAAGUGUCGGUGCAGUUCUGGGCAUCUACGAUGCAAACCUGAGUGGGGCGGCUCAGACCCGUCCAUCAGCACUGACAAACAUCAGACAAGGACCAAACCUAAAGAGGAAAGCAGGAGAUCAUGUAAGCCAAUGGAGGAUGAAACCUUUGCUUGCAGUGAGAGCAGCGCGUUAUCAAGACAAGUCCGAAUCAGGGAGCCGGCCUCAGAAAGAACAAGGACAGAUCCACCAGCUCAGCCUGGUGACUCUGCUGAAACCACAGGACGACUGAAAAAGCUUCAAAAACUGGUUCACAUAAAGAAUGGCCAUCAGACUGAUGGAGUUAAAGACUCAUGCACAACCAAGAAACAUGAUUGCUUGGCAGAAGGGGUGAGACACGACAGCACGGUGCUAACCUGCAUCGGCCUUUCGAGAAGGACGGAGAAGAGCUCCUCUAGAGCCACUGCAGCGUCACACCUGCUUCGGCCGCAUCAGAACGUCAGGAGUCUCCAUGGAAACCCGACCGAAGGAGGGUUCUGGAGCCCAAAGACGGGGCGUCGCAGGCAGAAGACGUUUGAGUGUCCGCACGCUCGCCACCAGACUCCUCGGGAACUGUGCGCCUACGACGGCAACGUCUCGUCCCCGCCCUGGAGCUCGGAGUGGAAUCGGUUUGAGAGUCUGAUCCGGGAGCUGGACCGGAAACAGUCGGAUCUGUCUCUGUCGCGGAUGAUCCGGUCCCUCACAGAUCUGCAGCUGUCACAAAGCAACGGAAAGCAGGAGACCACGGAGCUGAAGCUGCAGGGGAGGGAGACGGAGACAGGAAACGACUCAAAAGACAUCGACGCCUCGCCAGAGGAAACCCGGGCAGCUCUUGUUAGCAGAGACGUGCAGAACGAUGAGGCAGCGAAGAGGGAGGCCAGCCACGGAGGAACGUGUGCUAAAGGACGCAGACGGUCCAGGAACUCCCUGGAAAGCCUCUACAGCCUGAAGAGUGGACAGAGCUCCUCCAGUGGUGUCACCAGUGGGUCAAACUGCUCCAGUAACAGAGAGAGUCUGAGGCUGGAGGACGAUCUGACAUUCACACGGCAGUUCUGCUGCCGAGCGAGAGUUCAUACGGAGUUUGUUCCAAGUCCGUACGACACGGAGUCGCUCACACUCAAGGUGGGAGAUGUGAUUGAUGUCAUCGCCAAGCCCCCGAUGGGAACAUGGACCGGCUCGCUGAACGAUCAAACAGGAAACUUCAAGUUCAUCUACGUGGACGUGCUCACACACACGUCUAGCACGGCCCUGCAUGAGGAAUACGCCUCGUCCCUGCAGCGCGGCGGUUACCAAACAGCAGAUGACCUGAUGGAGCUGAACGUGACUCAGCCGGAGCGCAGAGAACGUCUGCUGACCGCCGUUAACUCCCUGAGGAUACUGCACUCCGACAGCCUGGCGGAGGAUGAAUCCAGUCCGGAACCGGAGCGGUCCAGUGAAGACGUGAAGAGCCGUCCCAGAGACUCGGGCUGUGUCAUGACGGAGGACACAGCCUCAUUUUCUCUCUGAAUACGCUGCACGGCCGGACGUAAACGUGCUGUGAAGGGGAAUCGCUUCCUUUUGCUAAUGUUCAAGUCCUCACACGUUUUUUUUUUCUUUUCACACGAGUUUGUUCUGUAGCUCGAUUUGUUUUCUGAAAUAAAGAUUUG